AUGGCGGGACCUAGAUACAGACCCGCUUACCCUGCUCCGAGAGACGACGAUGACAUUAGGUUCUGGUCCGGAUUCAUUGAGGGAGAAGACGGAACACCAUACAAGGGUGGAAAAUUCAACUUUGAGAUGGAAUUCCCUGAUGAUUUCCCUUUCAAGCCUCCUAAAUUCAAAUUCACUACACGCAUAUAUCACCCUGGAAUCAACGAAGAAGGACAGGUCUGCUUGGACGUUCUUCGGGAUGCCUGGAAGCCAGCGAUGACGGUUAGGUCGAAUAAACUGAACAAUCCGAAGCCGGAUGAUCCGUUUGAACCAGACAUUGCCCUGCUCCUGAAAGAGAACCCCACACAAUUCAUUUUGACCGCUACAGAUUGGACGAAGAAGCACGCGAAGAAUUAG